AUGGCGUCAAUAGCAGCAGGGCUCAUGUCUCACCUCUAUCUCCCUCGAUUGCCGUACGAUUUGCUCCUCGUAAUUGUUCAGCAUCUUGGUUUCUCGGAUAUCCAGGCUUUGCAGAUGACAUGCAAAUCUUUGCGUCAGCUCCUCGUCACACGACCUGUGUAUCGCCAUCUUGCUAUGGUCCUUUUACGUCGAUGUCGCGCGCUGCCGCUAGCUGGCUUCCAACGACUCUCAGAAAUCACUACAGAGCAGCUCAUACAUUCCGUGUACAAAGCUGCACAGCUUGAACGUGCCUGGCUCACUCGCACUCCUCGACCUGCUACUUCCUCCCCGACGGUUUUGACAAAGAGCUGGUACAAGGUCGUCAGUACCCCGCCUCAUGAGGAAGUCGACUGGCUCUCUCCUAUUACCGCAAGCUACACCCUGUGCGCAACUCGGAGCGGAAAGGUCAUCUGUUGGGAUGUGUUACAGGAUGUCAGUCUGGCAGAAUGGAGUCCUGGGGAACGAUGGGAGUUAUGGAAAUGCCGUGUGGAAUUCGACAAACGAACGGUGUUUUUCACAAUGGCAAGGGGCCUAGGAGGAACUCACGAUGCGAAGCUAAUGGAAUUUGAUCUCAUGCAAAUCUAUUUUCCUGAGUCGGAAGAGGAUGUUUAUGAAAACGGACACUUAUCCACUCCCUCAACUCCAGUGUUCUCGCAUCUCAGGUCCUUCAAGAUGUCUGGGCUUGUGAUGAAUAUUUUCCUACUUGAUCCACCGGCGCGUUUGUUGGCAGGAUUCGUGUGGAUAGUCUACACCAACACAAUCGGUUUAUAUGUCCUUCCGGACUGGGAUAGCGACGAAUACAUAUUCAUUGAUACGGCGAUCGCAUGCGUUGCAUCAUCUAACUGGUCCUGCAUUCUUCACGACGAAGAAAUUGUAAUUCAUGCAGAAGAACCAAACGGGGCGUGUCAGCAUUUCUACCCUCUCUCGCUGCUAAGGCAGUGUGUCGCAUUGUCAUCCUCCUCGCCUAGCUUUGUUCCUAUCAUUUCCGGCGUGUUCAAACCCGCGCGGGUCACGCCACAAUUUGUUCAACAAUUAAUGCCUGGUGUAGUGGCAGCUGCUACGGCAGUCGCCACUGGCCAUGCGAAUCCCCUUGGCCCAAACCCUCCAAAUCCACUCCUAUAUCCGGUAUGGUAUCCGGAGAGCGCUCACUUUGUGCGCCAAUGGUGGCCAACCAUGGCGAUGGUGCCAGGCUUGAGCUGUACCGUAGUGUUGCUGGCGAAGCACGACACGGAGACACAUCAAACGAAGCACGUUCUGUCGCAACAUUACUUUCGUGUACCUCUCCUUCCCCAGUCGGAAGGAGCGGCGGAGGACGCUCUCAUGCGGAUGUGGUAUGUGAGUGCACCCUUCGAGGUGGUGUGCGUGAUCGAUGUAGUGAUCGACGAGUUGGAUGAAAAUGGAGCGCCAAUACAUCAUUCGAGGCCUUUGCUUGCGGUGGACUUCGGACACGCCGUUUGGAUCGAGUAUGUGGAGGACAAUACGGAAGUGCCCGAAGGACAAGACCCGCCCCCUCCCCGAAAAAAUCUCCGAUUUGUAUCGUUCCCCAGCGUUUACUUCAACGAUAGAGGCGAGGUGGUUUACACCAGUAUUGAUGGCAGUAGCGUCGGGAGCGAUGAUGGAGAUACAGAAACUUGGCCUAUGGAGGGCGAGGUCCGGACACUGGAGAUUCCAGAGGAGUUGAAUCUCGACUCGGUGGAAACGCUCAAUAUCGAUCAAAGUCAAGGCGCGGUGAUCAUGUCCGUGAAGGAAGGGAAAAUAUUUAUCUUAUGCUAUGAAUGA